AUGGCAGAAUUUACCAUGUCUCAAUCAUUAGCAAUCGACCAGAUCCCUGACCAACCAGGAACAUUCGUGUCCCGCACCCUUCCUCAAAGACUAGGCAACUCCGCACCAAUAGCUUACGGAGGGUGCACAGCAGGUCUCGCCGUACACAGUGCAUGCAAGACCAUCGACAAACCAAAUUUCCACAUUUAUAGCGUGCUAGGAACAUUCCUCGGCCCAACACGUAUCGACAGACAUGUUACCUGUCGCGUAACCAGGACGCGUGACACGAAGACAUUCUGCACUCGAAGAGUUGUCGCGAGCCAGGAAAUGGACGAUGGGAGCGAGAGGACGUGUCUGGACAUAUUUGUAGAUUUCCACGUUCUUGAGCCGGAACUAUUGCGAUAUUCUGCAUCGCCAAUGAAGAGCUAUGGAGCAGGUCCGGAGGAUCCAGCAGCGACGACCAAGAGCUCUGAUCUGGCUCAUCGACUGGUGAAGGAAGGUCAUAUCCCGCAGACGCAAGCGGAUAAGCACACUGAAAUGUUCGCGCUCUCCGAAAAGCUCAUCGAGACAAGGCACUGCCUGGCUGGAGUGUCUGGCCAGAACUUCUCAGGUCUAGCCAAGAACAUCACCACAACGCAGCAUCAGCUUUCCAUUCCCGAACGAACAUCCGCAGAGUGGAUGAGGCUGAGACGACCGCUCAGUAACGAAGCUGAAUACGCUGCAGCUUUGGCGUUCAUCAUGGAUGGUGCCCUGAGCUUCCUACCCCUCAACCUCGACAAGAAGAACUUUGACGAUGUGGGUGCGUGCUCGACGCUGGAUUUUGCACUGAGGAUUAUGGUUCCAGGGUUUAAGUUGCACAAAUGGCAUCUAAGAGAGAGGAGGACCAUUGCUGCUGCUGUGGGUAGGAGCUACUCAGAGAGCAGGUUAUGGGAUGAGGCGGGUAACAUGGUGGCUGUUGAGAACCAGAGCUGUAUUGCUCGACCAAGACCAGAUCAGGCGAAGGCGAGGAUAUGA